GCCUAGACGGGUAUCUAGGUUUCUAAGUAGUUAGGUAUUGGCAGGGAUGAAGGAACGAAGCAAACUGAUUCCAGUCAUUGCGUGUUUCUUUUGAGACUCGUGAUUUCCCUCCGAGUCGAGUGCCAGCAUCCUAUCAUCCUACGUACACACGAAGGGCAGCAUCCACCUCAAAGCCAGCCCCCCCCCCUGGCCCCCUUAGUGGGCAAUCAUCACUGUCCAGUACUCGGCGGCGGCAGCAGCAGCAGACUACCUAAUCCACCGAGGUACGUUAUGCGCCAACGUCAGCACGUACAACAAGACGACGUCGUCGACGACGACGACGACGACGACGACCAACCACCAAACAUAUAUCACUGCCACGCAUGCUUCCCAGACACGAAGUCGAGAAAGGCACAGACAAAUAGACAGACAGAAAGACAUACAGACGGCCGUGGUCCCGCCUUCGAGCUCCCCCUUCGAGCUCCCCUUCGGACUUCGUUUGUAAAUUACCAUCGCUCACCUUGCCAGGUCCCCCAGCAUUAUGACCUCACCAGAAGACGAGCUCGGUGCAUUUCUUCACAAGCAGUAAUCGACGGCAAAAACAACAACAGCAGCAGCAGAAACAAGCAACGUGGACUUCAGAAGUUCUGUCCCGCCAACCUUCGUCUUGUGCAAGAUAGGUACAGGGGUAGAUACGCUGCUGCCAUUUCGGCCUACCUCCACCCGCACACCCUGCACCCAGCACCCAGAACUAUUAAGGCCGGCCGCAGACAGCAGCCCAACGCCGCCCGUCACCGACAAGAUCAACCAUUGCGUCCUCCCCAUCAGUACCACCGACCGGGCUGCCCAGCGAAAACGCACUCUCACGUCAGGUACCGGGGCUUGCAGCAAGAGUACGUACUUCGUAUAAGUGCACUGACGCCCGACUGCUUCCACCCUCCACACCUCUUUCAAUCCCAAUCGUCGCUUCACGCCCCCACCCCGCACUCCGCUUACCUACCACGGCAACUCAGACACUCACAGCACCAAGCCCAGCGAGCGUCCUGGCCUGGAGAGCUGCAUCCAUCCACCUCCCAGCUGUCACUUCUUCUCAAGGCCACCUUUGGCGAGGCCCCGUAUGCCACCCAAUCAUCCUAACAUCUGAACAAGGCUGCCCGUCUUCGCAAACCACCCGACCGAGUGCGUUUCACUGUCCCUCCCGCGACAAUUCCCCCGCCAUCCUCCGGGCCGAAACCUCGUCGCCUCUGUCUUUCAAAAUGACGCAGUCGCCCAUGAUAUCGUCGCCGCUCAAGGCCACAAACGAAAUCGACUGGGUCACCCCGCUGAAGGACUACAUCAGGGACACAUAUGGUGAUGAUCCGGAACGCUAUGCCGAGGAGUGCGCCACCCUGAACCGUCUGCGACAGGACGUGAGGGGUGCCGGCAAAGACAGCACCUCGGGCCGCGAUAUGCUCUACAGAUAUUACGGCCAGCUUGAGCUUCUUGAUUUGCGCUUCCCGGUCGACGAGCAACAUAUCAAGAUCUCCUUCACAUGGUUCGAUGCCUUCACACACAAAUCGACGGCCCAAUACUCGCUCGCAUUCGAGAAAGCCUCCAUUAUAUUCAAUAUUUCAGCCGUUCUGUCAUGUCACGCCGCUCACCAAACAAGGUCGGAGGAGCCGGGCCUCAAGGCCGCGUACCAUUCCUUCCAGGCCUCCGCUGGCAUGUUCACUUACAUCAACGAGAACUUUCUCCACGCUCCCUCGUCCGACCUUAGCCGUGAGACCGUCAAAACCCUCAUUCACAUUAUGCUGGCUCAGGCGCAGGAGGUCUUUUUGGAGAAACAGGUGGCGGAUAACAAAAAGUCGGCCCUUCUAGCCAAGCUUUCCAGCCAAGCAGCGUCCUUAUACUCGCAGGCGGUAGAAGGCGUCCAAGACAACUUCAAUAGAGCUAUAUUUGAGAAGGUUUGGCUGCUCAUGGUCCAGGUCAAAUUCAACUUCCUCAGCUCCAUGUCGCAGUACUACCAGGCACUUGCCGACGACGACGCUGGCCAACACGGAGUUGCUGUUGCCAGGCUUCAGAUUGCCGAAACACAAGGGAAAGAGGCGAACCGCAUCGCUAACAACUUCCCGAACUCGGUGCCACCCAGCUCAAACCUCGGUGCCGAGACCGGCGGUAUCCUUGUCGACUUUACGAAACGGCAUUUGGCAACCGUACAGGACAAGCUCAAGGAAUUCAGCAAAGACAACGACUUCAUCUACCAUCAGAGUGUGCCCGCGGAGGCGAGCUUGCCACCUGUUCCCAAGCUCCCAGCAUCGAAGCCGAUCCCCGUCAGCGAACUGUACGCAGGUCAAGACAUUCAGCGCAUUACCGGCCCGGAUCUCUUCUCCAAGAUCGUGCCUCUAGCCGUGACAGAAUCGGCCAGUCUUUACGAUGAGGAGAAGGCCAAGCUAAUCCGAGCCGAGACCGAAAGAGUGGAUACCGCCAACGGUGAGAUGGCGGCAAGCUUGGACUACUUGAGGCUUCCCGGUGCUCUUCAGGUACUGAAAGGAGGGUUCGACCAAGAGAUCUUGCCGGAUGAAGAGUUCAGAACGUGGUGUGAAGACGUUGCCGGCCACGAAGAUCCAGCUGCCAUAUUUGAAACGUUACGCUCCGAUAAGGAGAUCAUUGUGAGUACGCUGGAAAAGAGUACAAAGCAGCUGGAUAUGGAAGAGAGCGUGUGCGAGAAGAUGCGAUCCAAAUACGAGAACGACUGGACACAGCAACCGAGCUCGAGAUUAACAUCGACGUUGCGAAGCGACAUUCGAAAUUACCGAGAGGCGUUGGAAGAGGCAGCAAGAAGCGACAACCAACUGGCGGCGAAGUUGAGGCAAAACGAAACGGAAUUCCAGGAAAUGAGAGCUGCCGCCACGCAUGGAGGCAUCGACUCUCUGUUCCAACAUGCUGUUAGCAAGGUUCGCGGGAAGUCGAGCAAUGUCACGAGCCCUUCCGGCAACGAACCGAACCUGUUGGACGUCGACUUCGAGGAAGGGGGGCCGAGUGUCGUUGACCAAAUCCACAAGGUGGAGGAGAUCAUGAAGAAGUUGAAUCUCAUCAAGAGAGAACGCAACCAAGUGUUGAAGGAUCUCAAGGAAAAGGUCCACAACGAUGACAUCUCGGAGAUUCUGAUCCUUAACAAGAAGUCGAUUACAAACUACGAGAACCAGCUUUUCCAGUCAGAGCUGGAGAAGUUCCGCCCUUACCAAAACAGACUGCUUCAGGCCAACCACAAGCAGUCGGCAUUGAUGAAGGACCUGACGACUAGCUUCAACACUCUCCUGCAAGACAAGCGAGUCAGGUCAGAACAGAGCAAGUACGAAGCCAUCCAGCGGCAAAGGGCUUCAGUCAUGAACAAAUACAAACGGGCGUACCAGGAGUUCCUCGACUUGGAGGCUGGUCUCCAGGGUGCGAAGACGUGGUACGCCGAGAUGAAAGAGACGGUGCAGAGCCUUGAGAAGAACGUCGAGACGUUUGUCAACAACAGACGCUCCGAGGGUGCUCAGCUUCUCAACACCAUUGAACAGGAGCGGUCGACUCGCAAGGACGCACAUGCAGAGUUGGAACGAGAGCGUCUGCGCGGACUGAUGGAGCGCAUGUCUAUGGAGCCCCCCGCACCUUCACCGAAACCUGCGUCGAACCGACCUACACCUUCACCGCUGAACUUCGCCAACACCUCGUCGACACCGCGAUACCCCCCGACCAACUUCUCCGGACAGUACCAGGUUCCUCAGUCUCCGCCCCCAACCCAACAGCAGUACCCUGGCUUCGCUGCCCCUCCGACUUCCCAGUCAUACACGCCUCAACAUGCGUACGGCCAGGCGGCGUACGACCCAAGCCAGUACGGCCGCACUCCCGGCCCGACAUCGCCGCCUCCUCAUCAAUCCACGUUUGGUCCGGCUGUUCUUCGCGGCCCAGCCUCGCCUCCGCCCACGCAAACGUCGUUCAACCAAGGCCAGCAAUACGGUGGCUUCCCUAACCAGCAGCAACAGAUGCCCGCUGGGUUUGUGCCACCACCUCCACCCCCUGGCCCCCCGCCACUGGGCCCUCAGCAGACAUUCUACGGUCAGCAGGAUUACCAGCAGCAGCAGCAGUCACAGAACUACCAGCAGCAAACCCCCCAUAGUGCGUAUCCAUCAAGCGCGCAUCCGCGGUCGGCUCAGCCUCAGCAAAACAGCGAUCCGUGGGCAGGGUUGAACGACUGGAAAUAAACCAUCAUCUGGCUUGUAAGUGGGGGGAGGGGUGGCAGGAUGCUGUGAUUUUGUAUGCCGAGUCGAUAUGGGUUGCUUGAGACACGGUGAAUAGGGAAUGGGCAUCUAGAUAGGUAGCUCGGCGGCCCCAGCCUGAGUGAGAGUGUGCAUGAACCCUGGAGUCUUGGUCGUUGAUCGCGAUUUAGUCUUUGUGGUCCCUCCCUGUACAUGGGCCGAGUCGGGUAUGCAAACGGCCAUGACGAGCGAAUUAUGAAGGCUUGCGAGUAGAAGAAAAGGCAUUGGAAAGGACAGGACUGGAGGUGGGAAAUUAGCAUUAGCCGUAGCUCACUGGAAUAGAAAUGAUGACUGCACAGCCGGCUGGCGGCACACCGAGUCCAUCACAAGCCUCCCGCUACCACGCGGUACUGCCGGCCCGGUCAAAGCACCUUGCGACUCGGUUCUUCUCCCUCUUCUCAGCGCGCCGCCUGCUCAUGGUCUUCAAGACGUCGUCGAGGACGGGCCGGGCGCGGACCCGGGCGGUCCAGUCGGCGUAGUCGGGGUACUUGCCGUCGAUGUCCCACUUAGCUGUUCAGGAGAUACCACGUAGACGUCGGGCGAGUUAGUUCCCAGUCUUGAAGGCCAUGUCAACGUAGAUUGCUCUGUUUCUGACGAGGUACUGCUUCCCCCCGAGGGCGCGGUAGAGGACGGAGAGGAUGCGGACGGUUUGCUCCUCGUAGCGCUGCUUUGCGCUAGGAACGUCCUCUGAGUGGAGGAUCUUGACCCAGCUGAGCUGGCCAAAGUAGGGGCCCUACAUCACAUCGGAUAAGGCGUCUGUUUUCUGGUGUGUUCACAACAGAAUAGAAACACGUACCCACACGAAAGCUGUCGCGAAGGUGGGAGCGAGGAGCGAACCACCGGAAGCAAAGGGGAGAAGGGGGGGAGGGGGGCUACGAACCUGGCGCGAUAUCUGGAAACACGGCCGCUUCUUCACGAGAAACUGUUGCGGCGACGACGGAUGCGAGACCCUGCCGCUGGCGUUGUAAGUCUCGACAAGGCACUUCAAUAAUGGCGCCGAACUCCCAGAGGGCGAACUCCCGAGUUCGGGUCCCUAAGGGCCGGCAGGCAGCGGUUGGGGUUGAUGAAGACGUAGGGCUCCUCCUUGACGACGGCGAGGUCGACCAUGACCUUCCUGUGGUCGUCUCUGUCAGCGUGGUUGCCUUGCCAUUUUCAGCGUCGUUUUUGUUUGUUUGCUCGCCGGGCUGGGACACACGCGCAUUCUCACAGGGGGAAGCUCGAGCUCCUCCAGGAUCAUGGCCACUUUCGCCGGAUUAGGGGUGUAGCCUUUGGGUCGAUUGUCAGUAAGAUGGCCAGAACCGAAUCUGAGCUUGCCGUGGCCGUAGAGGGCAACGGUUUCCGUGGAAGACAUAAUGUCAGGUCUUCGGUUUUAAGGAAUUUUCUUGAACAACUGCUUGACUGGGGUUGUAAACUGUUCCUUAAUGAGAAAGGGCGCUGGAACCCAGGUUGUCUUAAAUUACCCUGUUCACGCAGAUAGCCCGAUGGCGAGGUCGAAAUAACUACUCACGGCUUUUCAGGGCUCGUUCUCUGCACGUCGUUGCUCAGCAGCUGGUGGGAAGGGCCCCCGCUGCCUCCCCUUGCGUGACGACAACAUCUCACGAGCCCAAACUCAUUGAUGCUGACCAAUCACACACACACACACCUACCACCACUUCUAGAUGACGAAACCCGAGAAGGUGCUUGAUCAGAUCCUCGAGAUGACUGCAGCCGGGCCGCAUGUCUAUCGCGAAGCCGCGAGUGUGGUGUUGUUGCACCUUGCAGGCCGCUCACAAAGAUGGGCCAGUACGGCCGGGCGCCGCACGGAUGAGACGGGCGCUAAGAUGGCGCGGCCGGCAGGACAUCGGGCAGUUUUCAUGUAAACAUAC